AAAAUCACAGGGUCUUAUUUUUCACACGAUUACUUGUAAUCAUUUUCGCACUUUUAUUUUGAAGGCUAAAAAGGAUGACGUUAGUGAUAUUGACAUCAACAAAACACCAUUGCAAUUACAAAAUAAAGAGUACUACCGUGCUUUUAAACUGUAAUGUACAAGCUGGUCUGAUUCCUACACCGUGUGUAUCGUUAAUUAAUAACACAACUGUAAUAACUGAUGAUGAUAAAUGGCGCUAUGAGAGUCGCCAUUUUGGGCACGCCCACUUCUGUUGUUCUCGAGUUUGGUCUCGUGAUAGAGGCUACGGUAGUCAGUUUUUAGUCUGCAAACGUUUCGGUUUAUAAAAGUCAUGUCAUCCGGCUAGCUAGAAGAAAAUAAAAGCAUUUGUGAACUUCUUAGAGACCGUUAAUGAUGUUGUCUCGUCUACUAAAGGAGCACCAGGCAAAGCAAAAUGAGCGAAAGGAGCUGCAGGAGAAGCGCAGGCGUGAAGCUAUUUCCGCAGCCACCUGUCUGACAGAAGCCCUGGUGGACCACCUCAAUGUUGGAGUUGCCCAGGCAUACGUAAACCAGCGCAAACUCGACCAUGAGGUGAAGACUCUUCAAGUGCAGGCGAGCCAGUUUUCCAAACAAACUGCUCAGUGGAUCAGUAUGGUGGAGGGUUUCAAUCAGGCUCUUAAGGAAAUUGGUGAUGUAGAGAACUGGGCCCGCAGUAUUGAGAUGGACAUGAGGACCAUUGCCACAGCACUGGAGUACGUACACAAGGGCCAUCUUCAGUCUGUUUCCUCGUAAAUUUCGUGAUGGGAUGUUUACAGCUGAAACCUCAUCCACUGAUAUGAAACAGAAAUCCAGUUGACUCCUAUCAGCAAACAUGCAAGCAGCGGUGCCUCUGCAUGCCCUUUGAAGAGACCUAAUGUCAGUGGUUACAGUGAAACUCUUUAACUGCACGUCUGCAUUACUAUUUAAGUUCUUGUGUGAGCUCCCAUGUUAAUCAGCACAAGUCCACAAUGAUACUGGAGUUUAGACAUAAAGCUUGGGUUUAAAAUGAAAUAAGUCUAACAUCUAUUUAGUUGUUACUUCAGUCAGCAAAUAACUUUUGGCAAUUGGUAAUUGAAUAAUUUGGGUAAAAAAUAAAAGUCAGUAUGUUUGUGUUUUAUUUUUAAUGUUUUAAUGUAACAGUACUGAGGGGCCUCAGGCAAAUUGCCACCUGUCUCCAUGUCUGUAGUUUCUCCUGAAAGCAGCUUUUGAGCACCUGAUAUCUGAAUUGUCAUAUAUGUCUAUGUUUAUACAUUGUAAUGUCUGUGUACAUUGAUAACUGUACAGUUUUUUUCCAGACAACUUGACUUAAAAUUUUGUUACCAUUAAGUGAUGGAACAUUAUUUUUAAUAAAGUUACAAAUGCACUGGUGUUUUCAUAUGAACCAAGGCUAAAUAAAAAGUGUACAUGUA